GUGACCUUUUCUCCCUCGUGAAUGCUCAGGGCUGUUGGAAGCAAAGAGCCUCGCGUGCCCCCCCCCGCGAGGCGCGCGGGUUUCAGGUUCCUGCCGGGCCCACGCGUGCGGGGUACACCCGCCCCUCUGGAAGGGACGCGCUCCACUUGGCGUCGACUGGGUACCCGCAAAGCCCAGCAGCUCCGGGGGAAGGCGCCCCAGGCCCACAUCCCGGCCGCGUGCGUGCGGGAGACCCCAGCAGCCCGCGCUGUGCGGGGCAGCGCCGCGCCGCUACGUCUCCGCCCCCUGCGCCCGGCCUCUGGUCGGCUGUGGUCCCCGCCGGCCGCAGGCUUCCCGACCCAGGGGAGGGGCGGUGCUCGUGACCGCCACUCUCUCCUCUUCCGGGUCGGGCGCGCUCCCGGGGGGCCUGGGCGGGGGAGACUAUGGGCCGCGAUCCCGGACGUGCGCAUUUCCGCGCUCUUCCUCGCCUCGAGCCCCGACGGCGGAGCCCAGCGCUGCAGCCUUGAGGGGCCCCUGGGGCUGAAGACGCCAUUCGGCCUCGUCUUUUUUCUGCCUCUCCGUCUCACACUUGUGACCUGCGCCGGUCACCCUCUCCGCGUGCCGGUUACGCUCUCUGCGCGCCGGCACACAGCCACGUCCACGCGCGGAGGGGGACCCAGCCUACCCAGAAGCAAGGCGCCGGUAGACCUCAGGACCCCGAGUUCAAGACCUGAGCGGAGAUCAAGAGUCAGCCGCUUUACCCACUGAGCCACCAAGGCGCUCCCGUGAUUUUUUUUUUUAUACCCGAGGGAAACAAACCUCGAGAGUCCCUAGCCCCACCCCGCCUCGGCUGCACCUCUCCCCGCGGUCUACUCUCUCCUCCUUUCUCUCUCGAGCCCACUCCUGCCUGGCCUGCGACCUCGGCUUACCCUGGCCCAUCUUGGGACAGUACUCAGUACCCCCCCCCCGCCCCUGGCUCAGCAGCCCCGCAGUCCCCUCCCCCCAGCGCUCCUCCCCAGGGCAGCACCCCUCAGGGCGCUGCUGGGCAGCCCUUUGCCCCCCACUUCUUCAUGUCGCCUCCGGAGAGUCCCGUCCUCUGCGACCGUAUGCAGUUGUGGCCGUGCACAGCAGCCAUGCAGCCUCGGACUCGCAUGUCCAGCUGCCUCCUGAACACCCGCACGUGGAGAAGGGACUUGUCUGUGUCUGCGAGUCCCAAACCGAUCUGAUUGCACCCCUCCAACCCACCCCAAGAUCAAACAGCUGCUCUGUCCACAGCCUUCCCUGUCUCGGGUCAGGGCAGUCUGCCCCUGCAGAUGCUCACACCAGACCGGCAACAGCCCUAGAAAUCGUGUCGGCUGCACGGUCAGAGCCCGCAGAGCACCUCUCUCCGCCGCCGCCCGCCGCCCCGCGUCGGGACUCCUGACUCGCCGCUCGGUCUCCCGGUGGCCCGCCCCCUUGUGGUCCAGUCUUCCAAGGCAGCCAGGACUUUUUCUUACACCUUUUUUAAAUUGCGGUAACAUAUACGUAACAUAAAAAGGUACCAUUCUCACCAUUUUCAAGUGUCCAGUCAGUGGCAGGAAGCACGUUCACACUGUUGUGCAACCGUCCCGACCCUCCACCUCCAGAACUUGUUCAUCUUCCCAGACUGCCCCCAAGAAACACCAGCUCCCCAUCUCUCCCGUCCCCAGCUCCCCGACACCCACCAUCCACUUUCUGUCUCUAUGAUCUGACUCCUCUGGGGACUCACGGGAGUGAGACCAUCCAGUGUUGUCCCUUUGGGGCUGGCUCAUGUCACUGAGCCCAGUGUCCUCAGGGUUCACCCAGGUGGUGGCAGGUGCCUGCACCUCCUCCCUGUUUAAGGCUGAAU